CAAGUGCAAAUAUUUUUUUUUAGAUGAAGUCAGGGGCAAAUAGUUUAGAAGUUUAGCACAGACAAGCAACACGAGACUUCACACAUCAAUCAUCAGCAGCACAUUGCUUGUACAUCAGCACGCACUGCACAUUGCUUGCUUUAUUUCCUUACUCUCUCUGUCCCGGGCCCGGGGCCAGUUCUGCUGUCCUUUUUGUGUCUGGGCAACCAAGAGACGCUACACCCAGCAACCGCCGCGGCCGCCAGCGAUGGUCGCCGUGUUCAACAAGGACGUCUUGAGCUGGUACCUCAUCACCCUCAAGCUCAGGGAGGCCGUCGACGCCAACCUCCAGAAGUCCUCUCCGCCGCCGCAGUGGCAGCCGCGGGACCUGCCGCUGGUGCCCGCGAACGGCGCGUUGUUGCCACCGUUCCCGCGCCAGGAGCAGGACCGGCCGGGCGCAACUGUCGCCCGGUCCCGGGCGCAGUCCCCGGCGCACAGCCCUAAGCCGCAGGACUCGGAAUGGGUGAUCACCAUCCGCGGGAAGCUGGCGCAGGCGCGCGGCGAGGAGGCGGCGUGCCCGUGGGCGCGCCUGUCCGUGUACCGCGUCCCCAAGUGCCUCCGCGACGGCGACGAGCGCGCAUACACGCCGCAGGUGGUGUCCAUCGGCCCGCUCCACCACGGCAGGCGCCGGCUGCGGGAGAUGGAACGCCACAAGUGGCGCUCGCUGCACCACGCCCUCAAGCGCACGGGGCACGACGUCACCGCGUACCUCGGCGCCGUGCAGCCGCUGGAGGAGCGGGUGCGCGCCUGCUACGAGGGCCGCGCCGCCGGGAUGGCCAGCAAUGAGCUUGCUGAGUGCCUGGUGCUGGACGGGACCUUCGUGCUGGAGCUGUUCCGUGGCGCGCUGGACGGCGGGAAGGGGUUCGUCGACGACCUGGGCUACUCGCGGCACGACCCCAUCUUCGCCAUGCGCGGCGCGAUGCACGCUGUGCGCAACGACAUGAUCCUGCUCGAGAACCAGAUACCGCUGUUCGUGCUCGACCUCCUGCUGGGGCUCCAGCUGGGCAACCCGGAGCAGACCGGCGCCGUCGCCAGCCUCGCCGUGCGGUUCUUCGACCCGCUCAUGCCGAUCGACGCACCGCUGCUCCGGAAGGACAGGUCCAAGCUGGAGUCCUCCGUCAGCGCCGACGCUGCGGCGUCGUUCGAUCCGCUGUCCGUCCCGAUGCUCCACUGCCUCGACGUAUUCCGUCGCAGCCUCCUGCGCGCCGGCCUGCAGCCCAUGCCGCCUCCCCCCGCGCGUCUGUGGCUCAAGAAGUGGUCCGGGCUUCGGCGCGUGGCCGAUAAGCGGCGGCAGCAGUUCGUGCACUGCGUGUCGGAGCUCCGGGAGGCCGGCAUCCGUUGCCGCUGCCUCAACACGGACCGGUUCUGGGACAUCAAGUUCGAGAAUGGCGUUCUCAAGAUCCCGCGCAUCCUCAUCCACGACGGCACCAAGAUGCUAUUCCUGAACCUGAUCGCGUUCGAGCAGUGCUGCAUGGACAUCACCACCCCGGGCGGCAACAACAUCACCUCCUACGCCAUCUUCAUGGACAACCUCAUCAACUCGGCCGAGGACGUCAAGUACCUACACGACCGCGGCAUCAUCGAGCACUGGCUCGGCAGCGACGCCGAGGUGGCCGACCUCUUCAACCGGCUCUGCAACGAGGUGGUGUUUGACAUCAAUGACAGCUACCUCUCCGGGCUGUCAGACCAGGUGAACAGGUACUACGACUACAAGUGGAAUACGUGGGUCGCCAGCCUGCAGCACAACUACUUCAGCAACCCGUGGGCGAUCGUCUCCGUCGUCGCCGGUGUGUUCCUGCUGCUGCUCACCAUGACGCAGACCUUUUACAGCGCCUACAGCUAUUACCGGCCGAUCCAUUGACCAUUGAUCGCCGGCCAUGGUGCAUGCAAGCUGGUCCGAAAUCUGAACCUUUCUGGACUGGCAAUGUGCUACUUGAAUUACGAGCUUGCUGAUUUGAAUGAGACGAUGUAAUGGUUACCUGCAUUUCAAUUUUGGUUGGUUCUUGUCAAGGGAAGAUUUCUUCCAUUCGAGUUGUCAUACUUGCUCCGGUGGGAGAGGGAUUUGACCAGCAAAUUCUUUGUCGGUCAUGUAUCUUCAUUGGACGUGUAAAUGAAUUUGGAGAAGGAAAAA